AUGUACCUGUAUAAGUCUCCUCCGACGCUCGGUGGCCUGACGUUCCACGAUCACCAUCUUGACGCCGGCAAUCGGGGCACAACUUCACAAGUCGAAACGCUCUUCGGUGAGGCACCAAGCACGAGGCACGAAAACGUGGGGACGAAACCAAGGAACCUGGCAAGACGAGAGUGCCUUGACCCCUUGGACCCCUCGCACAGUGAAAAGCAUCACGGGCGGACGACAAAUCCAGCGCUAGCCCUCCAGAGCGAGCGUAACCAAAAUCACCAAACACCACCACCACCUCACGGGCCAGCGUCCAAUUUCAGGGCAGCCAUGGAUCAGGGCAACGAUACCACCAAGCCAGAGGACAAGUCGACGGGACAGGAGCAUCGUGGGUGGAGCUUCUGCUCGGCCGCGACUCGACGGCGGAAGACUGAGACUCCGACUGGCAAUGACUACGAAUACUGCUGA